AUGACAAAGCGAGGCGAACUGUCGUACAGAGAACGGUUAUUAGCAUUAGAUCUGCUACCGUUAACCUGUGAUCGAGAAGUCAGAGACUUGGUGUAUUUCUUCAAAUCAUUGUUUAGUUACAUUGACGUCAAUAUCGAUAACUAUGUGUCGUUUGUGAGUCAUGGUCGUACUAGACUGAACCAUACGUCAAGAUAUAUCCUUCAAA